AUGAAUUUCGCUAAACAAUUAUGGCGUUCAACAGCAGCCCUUCGAGGCGCAUUUGUGUUGAAUUCACCUUUAAGACAAAUGUCGGCUAUUUCAAUGAUACCUAUGAAACCACUGGAAGGCGUACCGCCAAGCCCCGUAGAGCUGGAUAAAUUAUACAAACGCGUAGAGCUUGAGAUGAGAGGCAUAGAUCCUGCAGUGUUAUUGAGCUAUUCAUGGUUUUGCAUUGCUGCUGCAUCACAUUUAGGCAUUGAGGUCACCAAAAGUUGGACACUCAGAAAAGCUGAAAAGGAAAGACAUACAUUGCUCCGUUGUGUUCAUAUUUAUAAAAAGCACAGAGUUCAAUAUGAAAUCAGAACGUACUUUCGAUUUAUACACAUACAACGAUUAACAGGCUCUACUUGUGAUACAUAUUUGGAGUAUAUUGAAAGAAACUUGCCAGAGGGUUGUGCUCUGAAAGUUACGAAAAUAGAAUGUCAACAUUUACCUGACCAUAUUAAACCCCCAAUGGAAGAAUAA